AUGCAAAUAUUGGACGCCGGCGGUGUGCAAGUUCAACAUCAACCGUCCAACCAAGAUCCAACAAGACAAUCCUGGAGGAAUAACAGCUCAAACGGUGACCAGGGUAAACGUAGGGAUAAUAGUAGUAACAAAUCUAGACCUGUAAACUUGAAGUCAAUCAACGUGGAACGUGCUCAGAAUAUGGGAGCAACACCUAUUAGAACGCCAAAGACAGCUCAAUUUCCAAGGCAAAGUCAACAACAACAAAUGUAUGUAAUGCAACCGAAGUCUGCAACAUUUGUCAAAAACGAACAAAGACAACAGCAACAAAUGAGGUCUUCACCUCAAAUGUCGAAUAUGAAUAACAGGACUUCGCCACCUCAUAAUAUAUUUAUUUCAAAGUCUCCUCCACAUACCUAUAACUUGUCUAGAAGUCCUCCAAAGACAAAUAACGUCGGUAAUGUUCAGAAUUCUUCAAAUCCACUUAACUUGUCAAAGUCUUCACCUCAAGUUCAUAAUAAUUUGGGAAGAGUUCCUCAAACGGCUACUUUUCCACCAAAAGUGAAUAGAGCAUUAAACCUUCCUAAUCCUCCCAAAACAGCGACCUUUGCAAAAUCAUCCUCUGGAUUUUCUAAAGACGUCAGGCAGACUAUAAGACCACCACAAUCAGCUACAAUUCCCCAACAAGCAUACGUAUAUUUAGGUGAACAAGCAGCUUAUCUUCAAGCUGUAGAACAACAAGCUAGAUUUAGGCGUUAUAGUGCAAGUCCUGCUCCACUUCGAUUUGUCGCUGCAAAUUAUCGUCAAGUUGAAUUAAACCAAGGAACUCCUGUAGUUGUUCUUAGUCAUCCUGAUGAUUCUGAUUCUCAAGGAUCUUCUCCACCAACCCCAGGACCUUUACCUUCCGAUGGUUAUACUGGAACCGAUUAUUAUGACUACUACCCCAUGACAUAUGAAGAGGAAGCUGAUGAAAGUUCUUAUUGCUAUUAUUACUAUGAUCUUCCACAAGAAUAUAUUCCUCCACAAACACCAACUGGAGUAUCGCAUCAACAGCGUUCUAAUACGGUUCCCUCAAUUGCAAAAGAAGAAAGACGUAGAAGUGUUUUUGGAGGUCCAAUGAAGGUGCAUCCUGAUGCGGUUUUACCUAUUCGUCAGCCCAAAGGCCCAGAUAUGGCCAAAAAUUUUGCCACGCGCAUUCGUCGUAAGGCUGUUAACAAGCUUUAUGCUGCUGCUGCUGAGAGAAGAAGCAAGUCGGCUGCCGAUAGAAGAAAAUCCGCAAUGUUCUAA